AUGACGCUGAGAGCACUGGAGUGGGAGAUCCGAAGCAUCAAGCAGAACCUCUCCGCUACCCUCGACGAGCUCCGGUCCCUCAACACUUCCGUCUCCUCCCUGCCACAGCUGCCCUGGGGCAACCUGACUUCCAGCGUAGUUCGCUGUUCCCUCCCUUACAACUGGUCUCAGAUCAUCAACAAAGAAGAGGAAGGGAGAGUCCAGAUCGGCGGCCUAGGACAUCUCAUGCAAAUAGACAAAUACGAGGUCUGGGUCUGCGACUACGACAACCGCUGUGUCCAGCAGGAGGGAGAUGCCUUGUGUUUUGUUUUCGACGAGGUGAAGGAGAUUUUCCUCCCGUGGGGUCUGGACUCCGAGCUCCUCUUGACUCAGCAAGGGCCUUUCCAGCCGGACCUCGCUAUCUCCAACAUCCUGGCAAAGCUAAAGGUCCUCGAGCAGGAGAUUCGCUCGGGUGGAUGCGGGGGGUCCUGCAUGACCAGCCAGCAAGUGCAGCAGCUGCUGGACCAGUACUACCUUGAGCCCGGCUACCUAUGGAGCGCCGGCAGCUUCAGCCAGUGUAGCAGCCUGUGCGGUAGCGGGGUAGCGAAGAGAAGCAUAACUUGCAUCUCCAAGCUGCUGGAGCAGGUCGAGGACUUCAGGUGCUCCAACCGCUCGAAGCCCUUCGCGGAGGUUCCCUGCGCCAACUACUCCCAGUGCUCCUUUGAGUGGGAGGUCGGCGCCUAUAGUGAGUGUCUCACGGGCUGCGGUCAAGGUUCACGACGUCGCUCGGUCUCAUGCCGGAGGAGCGACGGCGUAGUGGUAGAGAUUGUGAAGUGUUUGGGAUCGGCUCCAGUGCAAGAGGAGCCUUGCUCCAACUUCUCCUUCUGCUCCUACCGCUGGGCCAGCUCUUCUUGGGAAGCAUGCUCCAGCACCUGCGGUUCCGGCUUGCAAUACCGGUCGGUGAUGUGCGUGCGGUCGGACGGGGUGGAGGUGGAGGACGGGAUGUGCGAGACAGGUUCGAAGCCGAGGAUCUUCCAAGCGUGUACGGGAGCGUCGGGCUGCAACUAUACCUUGAUGAACGAGUGCGCUAUGAACACAGACAAUUGUGCGACGCACGCAAGCUGCUUCGACACGUACGCGAGCUUCGAAUGCAGCUGCCAGCCAGGCUACGUGGGGUCCGGGACCGUGUGCGAGGACGAGAACGAGUGCGUGAAGCGGACAGGGUUGUGCGAUGCGACGACGAUGUGCGUCAACACAGAAGGAAGCUUCCAGUGCUUGUGCAAAGAAGGAUUCUACCUCGACGUGACAUCGCCCUCGAGCUCUUGCGUCGCAUGCUCUGCUGGGCUCUACACCUCCGGCCUCGGUCAAACGUCAUGCAGCUUGUGCGCGCCUAGCUACUACGGGUCAGCAGACAGCGGUUGCAACCCUUGCCCCGCUGGCUCUUCGUCAGCCUUCGGCAGCCAGCUGGUGACGGACUGCAAGUGUCAGUUUGGCUUUUCCGGGAGCAUCUCGAACGCUGGCGACAGCUGCAAGCCCAUCUUCUCAAACGUCGAGGAGCAGACGCGCUGGCUCAGGCUCGGAGCAUCGGGCAUGUCCUGCACUGCAACGUGCGCAGCAGAAGGCAAGACGUGCGUGAGCUCAGCCAUCAACCAGAUUGACGACGAGGAGGCGAUUCGCUCGGCUGUGAAGGCGGCGAGCAUCGCGUCAGACCGGAGGAUCCGUGCAGCGAUGACGGAGCCGCAGAAAAGGCCGGAAGGUCUUCACUUUCGGAUGAGCGCAGGAGCUCGCAAGCCAGAAGACGAUGGACUGCAGGACCUGACAGCGAACAGCGGGCACGUCAGGCGCCAACGUUACGUUGAGUAUGGGGCAACGAGCUUCCCUCUGGUACCCAAAGCGGAAAGUAUCUGCUGCUCAAUCACGCAAGAGUUCUAUGUGGACUUGCCGGUAGAGCUUUCGAGCUCCAGGAUGAUCGAUAUUAGCGUGACAGUCGAAGGUUCCAGCAGCGGAGAUAACACAGAAGCAUUCUCAUUGGUAGACUUGUCAGGAUGGAGAGGUGCGUGUAUGAGUGAUGUGCCUCAAAUCGAGGACCCUAUGAUGUGGAGUAGGAUCCCCUUGCAAUCUCUGAACUGCAGGAUCAGAGCUCCUCUCCAAGAAGCUCUGGCUGACGGCGGUGGUCAAAUCGGUCCUAUCGCCAUCAGCUAUUCCUCAAUAUCUUACAACGGUCGUUCGACGUGGCGGAUCUCGGUUGGGCAGCUGGAGGACGAGACCGAGGAGCCUCUGAGGCCCAUGUCGGACGGCAAGCUCAAGUACGUCAAUGGUUCAUUCCAGGAUGUCGUCACCUUCCCUCCCAUGAGCAUCCCAGGCCCCUUCUUCACUCUCUGCUCUAUCUCUCGCUACAACGACAAUUUCAGAAAUAGAAUUCUGCAGGCAGCAGAAGCGAACUUCUAUCACGGCCAUCGGAACGGAGGACGCGAACAAGCUUCCUAUAACGGUACGUGGAAUCUUGCGCAGGACUUGAGCCCGACAGCAGAAGCGUGGGUGGUUCUGUGCGGACAAAAUUACCAGGAAGGAAAGUUCUUCCUCAAUGGUGUCGAGUAUCAACAAUCAGCUGCAAGCCUUUCCAGUAGUCUGCAGCUCACCAUCAAUUACAACACAUGGGAUUUUUACCACCGUUUCUUCCUCGAGAGCUCAGACUGGGCGUUGAGUGAAGUGGCGAUCUGGCAGGGAGCGUUGCGAGAGGAUGAGCUAAGAGCCGUAUCAAGUCACCUCAUGCACAUGCUGUCUGAUGGUAGCGAUGUUCUCUACAACCAGACUCUCAACGUCUCCUGCGACAAGGUCUUUCCCGCUCUCAACGGUUUUGCUCCCUUCGUGUCAGCAUCGGAAUGUUUCUUUCCAGCAAAAGGCUAUCAUUCUACAUGCGACGCGAGCUUCAAUGGAGCGAGUCGCGUGUGCGUGUGCUCUGCGCCAUGCCUGGAGAACUUCUACGGUCAUGCCGACGCGUGUAUUCGCUGUCCCUUCUACUCGCUGUCGCCACCCGGCAGCUCUUCCAUCCACGAUUGUUCCUGCGAUCAAGGCCUCAUGUCGCCCUUCGCGAGCUCGUCUGUUGAGGAUUGCAUGUGCAAGCCAGGCAGCUACGGAUCAGCUGGAAACUGCUCGUCCUGUCCGGCUUUGAGCACAUCGACACCGGGAAGCACGUCGAUCGAAGACUGCUUCUGUCUCGCAGGCUUCGGGGUGAAAGCGACUGGAUACAGCAGGCAGGUCACGUCGCCGACAGACAAGUGCGAAGCGAUCGUCGACGAAAUGUUUCUUGCAGAGAGUGUGGGAAUGUCUUGCUCAGAGGUCUGCGCGUCCAAGAGCCUCGUGUGCAUGGAUGAGGCUCAGCCCUUGCUCAGCAAUGCAGAUCUGCGUAGCCUGUCUACUUUCUUCAGUGUGCCGUUCACAGGCGAGAUCGUUGGCACCAGCAACCUGGACGCUCCCUCCUACAAUCAUGAGACAGGACAAGCUUUCCUCCGUUACGGCUCACGCGGCUCUUGUAGCGCAACUAGCUCUACCAACGUCAGAAUAUGUCGAUGCACAUGUGCAGACAACCAGUAUGGCAACACAGGCAGUUGCUUGUCCUGCCCGGCCAACAGUUCCUCCUCCUGGCAGGCUCAGGGUCGAUCAAGCUGUAUCUGUGACUCUGGGUACUUCUUCAACGCCUCGCAAGAGUGCAGCCCUUGCUCGAGCGGCACGUACGCUAAGAGGAUGAAGAUGGCCGACCAAGACUUCGGGAGGAAUGGAACCAUGGGAUGGAAGGGCACCGAGCAGAUCACAAGCUGCGGGAGGUACGGAUCAGUGCUGGGAGGGCUCAACGAGCUGGCCGAGUACUCGAGGGUGGGCAAGACUUUCACAGGCUUGUGCCCGCAUGGCUUCUUGUACAUCAGGAUGCAAGUGCUACUAAUCGACUUUGCUCAGCCAGUGAUGGUGCGUCUGUUUGUGAACCGACAGGAGGUAUGGAACCAGACGAUAUCGGCAAUUUCUCCAUCGUCAACGUCAGAGUGCGGCCAGAGCCAAGGAGACGCGAUGAUCAAUCCUUCGAUGCGCUUGUAUCACACGGAAGGCUACGUGGAGGCGGAGGUCCAAGUGGACUAUGUCUACUGGGAGUCAAGCGUCAAGACGUUCUGGGGGCUGAAGGACUUCUCUGUCGUGGUGCCAUGCGCGAGCUCUUCAGCAUCGGACUGCAGCAUGACGUCACCGUUGACUCAGACGUGCUCGGAGGUCACUGAGAGCGGAGUGCCUUGCAUGCAGUCAGGCGUCUACCUCUACGUCUACUAUCCCGAUACUUGGAUGAACUUUUCAGACGCGGAGGCAAAGUGUAAUCAGAUAGGCGGAGGAGGAGGGCAAGUCGCCUACUUCCCAGAUGGACAAACACACGACGAGGUGAUCGCAGGUCUUGGGAUAUCAUCUGAUAACUGGAUCGGACUUCAACACUCAGCAGGACCCCAGUACGACUUCAAGUGGGUGACGAAUGGACCGCCUUCUUUCACGAGAUGGGCGGAUGGGGGACCCAAUGACGGCAAUUGGAACGAUCUCUGUGUGCUCCUACGCGAUUCCUUGUGGUACGACGUCCCAUGUUCCAGUACCUAUCGGGUGCUUUGCAGCUACUUGGCAGUUUGA